GAAAUACCAGCAUUUUUGUACGUACCACGAUAUGGAGCCGUACAUGCAGCAAGAACUGGCCACUGUGAGGACAAAUACAAUUUACAAAUUUUGCGUUUGUCAUUCCAAUGCCAUUAUAAUGUCCAUUCUCUUCAUUCGAAUGCAAAAGGAGCGUAGCUGGGCAUAUGUGCUUAUGAUUCUGGUUAAUUUUUUGCAAAGUCAAUUUUUGCUGCAAGUCAAUGUGACAUUUGAUUUAAUUUUAUUUCGAAUGCAUUUGCAUUUUGUCUUUAUCAACAAGGUCCUCGAACAUACAUCGCAGAGGAUUACUCGUGGAGAACUAUUUUGGAGCUAUUGGACCCUGUAUAAUAUGCACUACGAAUGUUAUCAUCUGUCACAGAGAAUCUUGAGGAUAUGGCAGGACAUAACCUUCUUCUGGAUGAUAAAAAUUUUCACCACCAACAUAGCGCUACUCUAUCAUGCGGUACAGUUUACCAAUGGCAGCAUAGAAUCGGAUAAUACCCAAGACCUAAUUGGCACCAUGACCAUUGUAUUAUUCUAUUGGGAUACAACGUUGACAAUGAAAGCCAUCGAUGGUAUUCUCUCGUCCUGCAAUCAAACAAAUGAAGUAUUACGAAUCUAUGCCAAUGAGAAAGGGGAGAGAGGUCACCUCCAUCAGCCGAGUCAAUUCUUGAAAAUGGCAAGUUAAGAGGGAAUUUUAAUAGACACCGGAUUAGGCCAAUUAACUUCUCUCUCAUUGCAGAUAACACAAU